AUGACCCUCGCCUUCAAUCUCCAGGCGACCAAGAUUGAAUCAAGUCAGUAUUACCACAAAGAUGCCGACAGAGCAGAGAUCUGCGACAGUCACCACCAUUGCACCACAACCAGUGCAUAUCAGCCGAAACAAUUACAUGAGAAAUACCAUGGCCUCAGUUUGCAAAAUCUCGGAUCCUUCAUGAUCUUACCAGUAACUGGGCCAGUCCAGGCAGAAGCAAUGUGCUUUUUCGAAUGCAUUUCGAUAAAGCAUCUGAAUGAAUACCACCCCUGCGAAUCAUGGCGGAAAACUCUAAUAUUCUUCUCGCAAACAGUACCAUCAGUGCGGUAUGCCGCUAUUGCUCUAGCCUUGGUCCACAGAAACUAUUUGGAUCGCGGUUCUAGCGACUGUGCACAUCAAGGCCAAUCCUUGAAAGACUGGCCACCGGAUAAGGCUCCCUUGCUUCACUAUAAUCGGGCCAUUCAGCUUCUUCUAAGCCAGGAUAGUAAUAGUACUCAAUCAACAGCCGUUACCCUUCUGGCUUGCUAUCUCUUCACUUGCUUCGAUCACCUGGCGGGCAACUACGUACAGGCAGUGAAGCACUUGCGCGGAGGUGUGGAGCUAUCACGCAACAUUGACAAGUCUAUACUGUACAACAACAGUGCCAACGAUGCCAAACUCUCAGGGGUCCACACAAUUAUCUGCCAGGUCACAAGACAGAUCCGCCGUCUCGAUAUGCAGGCCGCAACGUUUCUGGUCGACUGGGCUCCAGCCGACAUGGAAGAGACAUUUAUGUCCCAGCUUUCUCCCUUCGACGGCACCAUUUGGUCCCUCGAUCAAGCUGCCGACUACCUCCAGGUCCUCCUCGCUCGAGUAAUGAGACUGCGCAACACGGAGCAAAUGGCCCUGAUUGAUAAGACGUUGCCAUCACAUUCGUCACUUAAGGAUGUUGUUCUCCGACAGUUGGAAAUGUGGUCGGGUCUCUUCGAAAACAUACUCCAACCGAGCAGCUCUUAUGAAAGAGAUUCUGAAACUUACCGGCUCAUCUCACUGCUGCGCUUACAACACACUAUCGCAUGGAUUCUCCUCAGUAGUCACGGGCCUGGCAGGGAAAUGAACUAUGACAACUUCCUGCCCCAGUUCCAGCAAUGCAUUGCCUUGGCAAGCGAUGUAGCAGCGGCGCAUGAGCGGUAUUCAGGGUCGUCAACUCCGACCUUUACACCGGAGAUCGGAAUUGUUCCCGUGCUCUACAUAAUCGGUGUCAAAUGCAGACAUCCCAUUUUCCGACGUGAGGUCUUGAGUAUACUGCGACAGCAACCGAUACGGGAGGCGGUUUGGGAUAGCAUCUCUGCUGCCAGGGUGGUUGAGCGGGUAAUCGAGAUUGAAGAGGGCGGGUUUGGAGAAGGACCGAUGAUACACAGCAUGGAACAAGUUGCUAUGUCGCAGAGGAUCGAGAAUUUGUCUUGGGAACAAGUCGUCAGUGGAAGGUCUGUCACUCGGUUGGAUAUUACGUAUGUGUUCUGCGCGCGGGAGGAGGCGCAUGUCGAGUCUCUCAUGGUGUAA